CUGGGGAAAAAGCAUGAGUUCUGCAAGUACAGAGUCCCCUGACCUCUCAACCUUCUAUGAAUAUUAUGAUAACUAUAACGAUGCUCCAAAGCCAUGCAGUAAGGAAAGCGUCAGGAGGUUUUCAGCCUCCUUCCUACCAGUUCUGUAUAGCCUAGUAUUCCUGGUCGGGCUCACCGGAAACAUUCUGGUCAUUGUGGUCCUCUUCAAAUACAAGAGGCUGAAGAGCAUGACUGAUGUGUACCUGCUAAACCUCGCCAUCUCAGAUUUGCUCUUUGUUUUAUCCUUGCCGUUCUGGUCUUAUUUCAUGCUAGACCAAUGGGUUUUUGGAACUCCCUGGUGUAAAAUCAUUUCGUGGAUCUACCUGGUCGGGUUUUACAGUGGUAUAUUUUUUAUUAUGCUUAUGAGCAUAGACAGAUACCUGGCAAUUGUUCGUGCAGUGUUUUCCUUGAAAGCAAGGACUGCCUUCCAUGGCUUGAUUACUAGCCUUGUCAUAUGGCUCGUAGCUUUUUUGGCCUCUGUUCCUGAGCUUGUAUUUAGAGAGUCUUUUAAUGAACAUAAUUAUACUACCUGCAAGCUGAGAUAUCCAGGCAAUUUCACAACAUGGAAACUUUUUUCCACUUUGGAAAUCAACAUUUUAGGGCUCCUAAUCCCUUUUAUAGUUAUGACAUUUUGCUACUCCAUGAUCAUUAAAACAUUAGUUCACUGUAGAAAUGAGAAAAAGAAUAAGGCUGUGAAGAUGAUCUUUGCUGUCAUGAUUGUGUUUUUCUGUUUUUGGACCCCUUACAACAUCGUUAUUUUUUUACAACUGCUGGAAACUACGGGAGUCAUUAGAGACUGUCAAGUGAGCACGAAUCUGGACUAUGCUUUCCAGGUAACAGAAAUCCUUGGCCUUUUUCACUGUUGCCUCAAUCCAGUCAUCUACUUCUUCAUGGGGGAAAAAUUUAAGAAGUAUCUGAAGAUGCUCUUUAAGAACUGGCAUUUACCUGGGUAUGUUUGCAAGUGGUGUGGAGUUCACAUCACUUACCACACUGAAUCUACAAGUUCAUUCCACACACAGUCUACGGGGGAUCAAGAUGCUCUGUAAUGUGUUUCAGACCAGCCACUGAACUCACCAGCAAGCAAUUGACAAAAGCAGGAACUUUGAAAAGCUAAGCAAAUGCAGAUGCAUUUAACAAUAAGCUAGUGCUGUGUAAUUACUUACUUCAGCUUUAUUUCUGCCUCUAGAUUUUCUGAAUACUAUGACAGAAGGUGUCCUAAAUGUGAAACACAGGAGAGGGACAUGCAAGUUUUCUCUGCUGCGAUUACAAAUCACUGCUCAGCUGUAAGAGCAGCCUCAGCUCUCUGCAGGGCACCGUGCCAGGUGGCUUCUCUUUCACCAGCAUCAAGACACUGGCCUGGAUGGAUGGGCAGAGGCGAGACAGCAGCUUGUCAUCAGCACAUACACUCAGAAAAUAAAUCCAUUUAUUCAAGAAGGAUGGUUAUUACCAUAUCUUUUUAUUCUACAGUUGAUCUGUCCAGGACUUGUUCACU